UUAUUACAAUCAUGUCAUGAUUGUAUUGAUUCAAUGAUGUUUUGCUCAGAUCUGCAGACUGAAUUCAUGAAGCCAGUGAAGGUUCAGUCCGGCGAGUAUCGGUGUCGUAAACCUGGAUUGCUGGAACGCACCAUGUACCAGUAGAUUUACCCAAGGAAACACAAUAGAUCACAAAAGUCUGUUAGUGCUGGCUACAGACUACAGUAGCAGGCUAGCUUAUCAUAUCCCCAAACAGCCCUGUGCGCGACACUGCGUGGGAGACGAUUACUGUACUACUGGUAUCGAAGCGGGACUGGAUGCUCUCGAGACGAUAGCGCAAUGACCGGACAAAUAAUUAUCAUACCUUUGCGGAGAAGGGUAUAACCAACGGCUUUUCCAAUGAUUCCGGCUGUCUGUAAUAACGUCGUAUUCUCUGCCAACGUACCAUGGAUCGCAGUGAACCGUCCAUUCUUAGCGACACGCUUGGGGGCUGGACGCUGAGCGGCUGGAGAAAGAGAAGACACGACGGAAAUGGCUGCCGCUUGCCUACGCACGAGGCGGGGGAGGACGAUUUGAGCACGGGCACUGAACAUGAGAAUGAACACCAGCAGGCGAACCAUGGACAUGCUAGCACCACUGAAGGGGAUUGGAGGUCUUCCACUGACCUAACCCCCACUACUAGCCUAUGUACUAGCAGAUAUUUGAGUGCGGCUGGAAAGAAAGACGCGCAAAUUCACGCUAGGAAUUGCUUUAUUGUCAUGUUUGCCGUGGCGUGCGUUCUGAACGCGUUCUUUGGCCUGGCUUCAUUGGAAAGCUCUAUCAACUCCGAUGGUGGACUCGGUCAGGCGUGCGUUGCACUCUCGUUCUUCCCUUCAGUCGUCACCGUCACAUUCCUGCUGCCGUUCCUGCUGCGACGCCUGGGAGCGAUCCGUACGGCGCGUUUGUCCAUGGUGCCGUGCCUGGGCUACGUUGCGGCUCAUUUCCAAGUGCAGCCGGCUAGUCUGCUGACGAUGUGCGCGCUGUGGGGAGCGUUUCUGAUGAUGCAGAACACCUCGGUGACGACCAUGGUCACGUGCAGUGCUAUCGACUACGCUGCAAUCUACAAAGUGCCGGCCGAUCGCAUGAUCUCACGCUUCAGCAGCAUCCUCUACCUCGGUCUGAUGUCGGCGUUUGUGUUCGGACCGACAAUCUCUUCGCUGGUGCUGCACAAUCCGCCGAGACCGUCCAACAACAUGACGUCCAUGUCUAGAUCAAGAGAGUGCAAUGAGAUUAGUGAUACGCUGAUUCUGGAGCAGAGAGACAAACAUGUCCUGCUGUCCGUCUACCUUGCCCUGGUCUUGAUUGGGAUUCUGAUCACGUUUGCAAUGCGCACACCGUCCUCAACCUCUAUUAAGGCCAAGCUUGCAUCGUCCACGGCCAGUCAACAGAUCACAGCCACUCUCCGUCUGGUCGGUAACAUCGACCUGCUUCUGCUCAUCCCGAUUUUCUUUGGAAGUGGACUGCAGAAGGGCUUCAUCACGGCGGAUUUUACUUCGUUCUUCAUCACUCCUUGCCUCGGUGUGGCUUACGUCGGUUAUGCUACUGCGACGUUCGGUGCUACAAACAUCCUGAUGACGUUGCUGCUGCCCGCCAUCAUGCGGCGCGUCAACAAAGCGGUGCUGGUGGCCGUGAUGGCUGCGGUGCAGUCGGUGGUGAUGCUCUUUCUCAUCUUCUGGCAGCGCACUCGCAACGCGCCGCUUCUCUAUAGCCUGGCUGGUGUGUGGGGUGCUGGUGAUGCCACCUGGAAUAUCUGCCAGUGCGUCAUGAUCGGUAUGGCAUUUCCGCGAGACCAAGAAGCAGCCAACUCCAACUUCCGUGUGUGGCAAGGUUUGGGAUUCGGCAUGGCUGCCAUGUAUAGCCAGAGAAUCGGCAAGUGUCUGGAGCAGAUGAAGGUCAAGCUAGCAUACACCAUACUCUACACAGUUUUUGCUGCAGUGACAUUCUCUAUCCUGGAGGUCAGGCAGAGACGGCUGAGAACUGUACGUGAUCACCGCAAGAAUAGAACAGAUAUUGAGCUCGUGCCAACACUCGGGCCUCGUGCCGAGCGCGCAGAAGCGAGUCCUUGAUGGAGAAAGAGUGCUGGGGUGACACAAUCUUGAAUUGAUUAGUAAUUUAUUUUCUUGAAUAUUCACCAGGGUUACCGUAACGACCCACUUGGGUGGUGAAUGCGGGAGACGAGGAACAUGAAAUCCUAUUCUGCAGAACGGACCAAGAAGGGAAGAAGCUGACAUUUUCUGCUGGCUGAGCUCCUUGCUCUGUGUUUGAUCCGGAGACACCCCUGAUUUAGGUACCAUUGCCUUUGGGUUAUCCGUCAUAAUAAUAAUAAUAAUAAAGAAGCAAUCUCGAACUUGAGCUCAUCUAAUUUAUUCCAAUCUCGAACACAGAUCAUUUGUGGCAGAUUGCACUUCUGAAUUCUGCCUAGCUUUAUGGCGACACUAUCAAAGCAAGCAUUCUAUGUUGCUUGGCUGUGACUUUGGUAUUGCACGGCUUGCUCUGCCCACAGCCUCACAGGGGGCGUCGGUCAUGCUACGGUCACUAUGGUAUUGGCAUUAGCCCCAUUUUGCGCCAGCCACCCCAUGAAUCAUUAAAAUGCGUUGAUUUGGGCUCGAAAUUCCCGUUUUUUUUCAAAAAUACCUCCGUCCACUGGAUAGUGAGCACUUUUUUAAAAGUUUUUACAGCCUGAGUAUUGUUUUUAAAGACACCUGUCUAUUACAUGUAUAUCAAGUAGUUGAGAAAUAUUUCAUCUUAUGUUAUUCAGACAAAGUAAGUUAUUCGAGAAAUUCAAUCUCAGACUUUUUCCCAUUUUCAACUCCCUCAAGGCCUCAACCUUAUGAAUAGUUCAAGUUGAUAUCAGUGUUCGUGUGAUUUUUUCACUCGUGCUGCCAUCAGCUUUAUGGCAGCUA